AACGCCGCCCAUAUCACAACACCACGAACCCAUUCCUUUAGUAUAUAUCUGAAAAAAGCUAUCCUCGCUCAAAACCAUGCUCUUCUUCAGCUUCUUCAAAACGCUCGUCGAGCACGAAAUCACCGUCGAACUCAAGAACGAAGUGCAAAUCCGCGGCACGCUGAAGAGUGUGGAUCAGUAUCUCAACAUUAAGCUGGAUAAUGCUGAGGCGGUGGAUGAGUUGAGGUGGCCGCAUUUGUGCUCGACUAAAGACAUGUUCAUUCGCGGAUCCGUCGUUCGAUACGUACACCUCCCUUCUGGCGCCGUGGACACUGCGUUGCUCGAGGAUGCGACGAGGAGAGAGGCUGAGGCGGCGAAGAAUAAGGCGAAAUGAGGAAUUGGCGGGAUUUGGGUUAUGACAAUGCGCCGUGGAAUAGCGGCUUCUCAGACGCGCGGACGAGGGCGGGGUGUGAUGGGGAAGGCAGGGCACCAACAAAAGCCCAUGGCUGCACGAGAGCUGGAUUGCCGGCGGGAGAGAUGACUGCUGGUUUGAGGUUUAAGGAAUCAGUCAUGUCUUCUAGGAUUUAUACCCAUGGGAGUGAGAGUGAAGCUAUGGUUUCUCUCAAAUAUUACUCUGGCGUUAUGC